AUGGACGACCAGCUCGAUGAAGCAGCCGUGGCGCAGAUGAUGGGCUUCUCCUCCUUCGGUGGCCCAGAUCGCCCGCAGAAAAAGCGACGGUACAACCCUGGCGCGGACGCCCAAGUCUCCAUCGCUAAGCCAGAGUCUUCCACGGGGUCCAACAUGACACCGCUUGGAGCUCGGGAGGGGGGAGGAGGCUCUGCUCCUGCUCCUGAUAAUGCCUCGGGUGCAAAGGCAAAUGAUGAUGAGAUCAACCUCGAUGACGAAGCCGACGAGGAACCACCCACGCCGGCACCAUUACAGCAGCAGCCCAUUCCCCAAGGCCUUCCGCAACGGCCAUCCUUUGCAAGCAACCAAGGCAAUUCAGGUGCUCACGGUAUGAUGCCUCAAAAUGCAUCGAGGGAUGAGCAGAGAGUUUGGUACAAGGACUACUACGACCCGCGCUUCAACCAGAAUCCAUGGGACAAGCUGGAAAGGAAUCUUGGCUUGCAGGCUCAAGGAACGUGGCUGCCACAUAGCAGCUGUCAUCCUGGAGAAGUCUCGACUUGA